AUGGCCUCCAAGGCAGGACCUUUGGCAAAGCCGUUUAUCGACACCCGAUGGGCUGAUGGCCUCCGAGGAAUCGCUGCUCUCUUCGUCGUUGCCAGCCAUGUCACCCUCUGCUUUGCUCGCAGCGUCAUGCCGCCCUCCAUAUCGACCGACGGGCCCCGGAGGCUGUUCCAGAACCCUUACCUGCGCCUCAUCGGCCAGGGAAACGCUGCCGUCUCCGUCUUCCUCGUCCUCCUGGGCUUCGUCAACUCCCUCAAGACAAUCCAGCUGAUCCGCUCCGGCUGCCACCAGGACGCCCUCUCUACUCUCUCGGUUGGCGCAUUCAGACGAACGGGCCGGCUCAUGCUCCCGGCCACUGCGGCAACGCUGGUCUCCUUCUCUCUGUGCAAUCUCGGCCUCUACGGCCUUGCCAGGAGCUCGGAUGCCUACUGGACCAUGACCACCGCCGCGGCCCCGAGCCCGACCAUACUAGACGGCAUCAAGAGCGUGGCCUGGGAGAUGAUUGCUGUCUGGAUCGUGGGAGAAAACAGGUACGACCAGCCGCAGUGGGCGCUGGCGCAUCUGUUCAAGGGCUCGUUCUUCAUCUACAUGGUUCUCCUGGCAACCGCCAGUGCCACCCCGGCCUUUAGACUUAUCGCUCUCUCCAUCCUCUAUGCCUGGGGCUGGAUUGCCGGCGACAGUACGUUUACCCCCACCCUCUCACAGUACUUUAUAUACAUAAUACUAACCGAAUGUAUAGCCAUUGUUCGACCAAAUGUAUUCGCCGGCAUGAUCCUCGCUGAACUGACCUACCUCCCGGCACCAAGGAAGUCCAAAGCGACAACUGUCAUCCCUUACCUCGUCGUCGCAUUGGGCCUCUAUCUCUGCUCCUUUCCCGACCGCUUCGCCGACCAGGCCCAAUGGUCCCGCCAGCUCGAAGAGCUCGGCCGCAUCAUCUUCCCCAAAAACGCCGCCAUGGGCCGUGCCUGGCCCAACAUCGGCGCACAGCUCCUCUGCUUCGCCGUCAUGUACUCGCCUCAAAUGCGCCACUUCCUCUCACACAAAUGGCUGCACUGGAUCGGAAGCCUCAGUUUCGCCCUCUACCUCCUCCACGGCAUGCUCAUGCGUACCGUCCUCGUAUGGCUUGUCUUUGGACCCAACUACCUCCUCGGCAUCACCAAGCCAGGCAAACUCGCAGAUGGGACCGACGGCCAAGUCGUGCCCCAGCCAGGCGACCUGAUCAUCGUAUGCUUGCUGCCCGUCUUCUUCGCCAUCCUGCUCCUCGUAUGCUCUCUCUGGAAUCGCUUCGUCGAGCCAUACUUUGGCUACGCGACCGCCGGUCUCGAGUCAUUCGCCAAAUCGCUCUGUCGGAACCAGUGGCCCUUUAACUCGCUGAAUUCAACGCCGAAUGGCGAGAAAUCCAUCCUGCCCACUACUCGCAGGGAUUGA